AUGGCUCAAGGUGGUCUGUUUGCUUCGAUCGCUGUGCCGUCGACUCUCUACUUCCGGAAGGACAAAGAUGGCCUGCGUGGUGUCCGGAUCUCCAUAAGCGAGUCAAUGAGGCUAGAAGGGGUGCGCGAAUGCUUUUCCAAUAGAGACUACACGUUGUUCAACCGCAUCAGCGCUGAGACCAAUGCCAUGGCCCAGCAACUAAUCGAUCUCGGGGCGGCCAUUGUAGGUCAGACAAAGGUCCCUGAGCUUCUGGCUGGUUGUUGGAGAGACUCGAGCAAGCCCUGGAACCCGCGCGGUGACCAGCUCCAGGAUUCUGGGGCUGGAUCGCCAGGAGCAGCAGUUUCUGUCGCAGGAUACGACUGGCUUCAAAUGGCAUUCGCCGUCGACUGUAAGACAGCCUUCUUUUGGAUGAUCAGCAACAUUAACGAACUUAGCUCCGAGGGUGAUCAGUUGUUCAACGAUGAUUUUGAUGGUUACGGAGUCGCAGCAAGAUCCUUUGCGGAUCUGCAGUUUGCAUGCUCUGCCAUUAGCCAAAAGACGACACUUAAAAGUCUCGUCCAGAGCUCCAGAUCUCAGGUGAUUACCAAGGUCAUCAGUCUAGACUGGGGCACUGCGGGCGAAGACAGGAUGUCUUCGGAGCAGAGAAACUGCUUAGAGCAACUGUAUCGGAAAAUAAGCCGGGUACUCAACGUCCGAAUCGAGUCAAUGAGCCUGGAAGAAGAAUGGCAACGCCACAAACCUACAGGCCCAGACAUGCUUGAAGAAGCGCCAUAUGAACUCCUGAGCAGGACCUGGAGGCACUACUUUGACGAUUUCUGGGUGUACUUCAAACGGUGGCAUGGCCGAGAGCCGUUUGCUGACAUUCAGACUUACCGGUCACGCGACCUGGGCGACCUGGAUGAGGAGCAAGCGACUUGCCUCAGGAACGACCUGAUCGCCUUCAGGCAUUGGUUUCGAAACCUUGUCGAAGCGAAGAGCAUGAACUCGAAUGAGCGCCCUCUCAUCAUAAUUCCUGACAUUGUGGUUGAGCCCAGCUUCCGACGGCAUGAGGACACACCGGAUCCAGAGGUUCUGACCUACUCACAAUUUCUCACCCAUUGGUUGUCGCCAAUCACGAGAUGUUCGCAAGUGGUGGUCCCCUUUUCGCAAAUCGAGAUCCCACUAGAGAGCAAUUUUGAGAUCAAAGAGUGGGCGCUGCCGGUGACAGUGUCAUUCCUAUCAACGAACGAUGCGAGUGAUCUGCUGGAGAGUGUGCAGAACAUCAUUGAGUGCUGCACAUCCGAAGUGCAGACGGGCGGAUGGACCUUUCCUCAAGACUUUACCUCUCAGUGA